CCGAUGACGUAUGGAUCAUUGGCGCGAAUUAUGUGCUGGGAGAAGAGUCUGUGGCGCUAAGAAGUGGCCAGUGGGGGGCUUAGCUUUGUGGCAAGCAGAGCUUAUCGAGAUGAUGCGGAAAAGACGGAACUCGUCUGUGAAUAAUGGAGAGAAACACCCCGCAUCCUCUACUAAGGCAAAGAAGAGUCGCAUCACUGGUCGCCAGUCUGCAGUGUCUGCUCCAGAAGAGACAACAGAAAGUGUCUUUAGUUUGUUUGUACGAGAGGCGGGUGUCACAUUGACUCAGGGCAACGCCUCCAACGAGAUUGCUGUUGACCAGGUGGUGUUUCAAAAAAGGAUAAAGCAAAAGCUACAGAAGAGCCCCAGGUACCCUGGAAUUUUGCAGGAAUUCAUCAGUGGACUGGAGUCUCAUAUUGAGGACACAGACCGGUUCAGGAAUUGCCUUCUCCCUUGUCUCCCAAGAAUGCCCGAUGGCGACUCGAGGCAUGUCAGCUCCUUCCAGGAAAGCCUGCUACGCAUGCUGCUUGGCAUUGAGAUGCUUCAGACUCUUAUUGUAAACACGUUGCUUGAGAAACUACCUGAAUAUAUGCUCAACAGUGCUGAUGAUGCCGGGCUCAGCAUUCCACGCAUUAUCAUCAACCAGCUCAAGUGGCUUGACAGAGUGGUGGAAAGCAAGGAGCUGGCGACCAAGCUCAUGGAGCUGCUGGCAGUAGCACCGGUGGAUGUUCAGCGUGACAUCAUCACCAGCCUACCAGAGAUACUGGAGGAUUCACAACACAAUGAUAUAGCCAGAGAGCUGAAUUCUGUACUAAAGGAGAACACUCAGUUGACUGUGGCUAUCUUGGAUGCUCUCUCAAGCCUGAACCUCACCUCCUCAUUACUGACUGAGGUUCGCGGAGCUGUCAUGACCACCUUAGCUGCUGUGCAACUGGAAGACCUGCCUGUGGUGGUCAAAUUUAUUCUGCAUUCUAUCUCGGCAUCUGAUGCAUAUGAGGUGGUGUGUGGGCUCCGUAAGAAACUAGAACUGGAACAGUGUGUUCUCCCUCCUGUGCUGCAAGCAUCCCAGAGCCGCCUUAAGAGCAAAGGAGCAGCAGUGUCCAACUCAGCUACAGUAACCACUGGCAGCCAGGAUGUCAUUACCUUGAUCGUGGAUGCCAUUAAGUCAGCAGUGCGCUUUCAGAAGACCAUAUCUGAGGCCUGGCUAAAUGCAAUCGAGUCUGUGGAAGAAGUGGAGAACCACAAGGUGAUAGAUCUGCUGGUGCUGUUCAUCCUGCACUCCACUAACGCCAACCAGAGUCGUCGAGGCGCCGAGAAGGUGCUGAAGAUGAAAGUGCGGACUGGCUUGAUCCCCGAGGCCCUGCUCCAGAAGACCUUUAAGGAUAAUAAGCAGGUCCUACGGGGAUAUUUUGCCUCCAUCCUAGCCCUGGCGCAGAGUUUGCUGCGCUCGCCAGACCCCUGCGUGGUCCUGUUUGCUGGGCAUAUGUAUCGGCAUUCCUUCAUUGCCUUUGAUACUUACUGCCAGCAGGAGGUUGUGGGCUCACUGGUGACCCACGUAUGCAGUGGUGUCGGCGUUGAGGUGGACAUGGCCCUGGAGCUCCUCUGUGGUCUGGUUACUGAAAAACCUAAAGAAAUGGGGCCGUAUGCUGUUUUUGUCAAGGGAAUUCUGGAUUACCUGGACAAUCUCUCACCUCAGCAAAUUCGCAGACUUUUCCAGUUGCUGAGCAGGCUGGCAUUUGGACCACAACAAGGCUCACACAUUCAGGACGACAUGCACAUUGUGAUUCGGAAACAACUCUCCAGCACUGCACCCAAGUAUAAGCGCAUCGGGAUCAUUGGUGGCGUUAUGAUCAUCGGCAGCAUGGGGGCGCCCGCACCUCAAGCCAAAGAUACUCAGGACAACCCGUUACCACCAGAGACAUUCAGACAGUUAUCAGCCCUGUUAGAGUUGGUGCAGUCCAGUAGUGAGACUUCACCUGAGGCUGCAGCUUUGUACUGUGACGAGCUAGCCAAUCUGAUUCAAUCUUCCACUCUGGACCCACAAGUACAGGAAAAGAUUAGCAGCAGAGUCUUAGAUGUCUUCCAGGGUGACUUUGUGGUGGAUCUGGGUCCAGAAAUAUCAGGGUCGUUCCCCUUCCCAGCGCGCGUCAUGUACAACCUAGACGAGGACGAGAGUCAGGGAGGCAUUGCCAUCAACUUGAUGCCUCUGCUGGCCAAAGACAUGCAGAGCAGGGGGGAGCAACAUUGUCGAGACAAGAAGGAUAACAACAGGAGUUCUCUCUGUUUGUCCCCAUUUUUCCGGCUGCUGCGGGUUUGUGAGGAGAAACAGAACCAAGAGGACUUAGAGGAGAUUGAUGCAUUACUGGGCUGCCCUCUCAUCUUAACAGACAUGGAUGUUGUAGAAAAAAUAGACACCAUGUCCAAAGUGGAGAAGGAGUUCAUCUGCACUCUGCUAUUUCAUACCAUCAACUGGUUCAGAGAGGUGAUAAAUGCCUUCUAUAAGAUCAAGGACAAAGAGAUGAAGAUGAAAGUGAUGACCCGUCUACAGAACAUCACUUACCUUCACACCCUUUUGGAGAGGGCUUUAGCCAGUACUCCUGGCUAUGUUCCACCUGUUGCUAACUUUGAUGGAGAGAGCACGGACAUGAUUGUAUCCAGCACCACUCCUCCUUCAAGUAAGACGAAGAAAGAUGCCUCUGGAAAGAAAAGGAAGGCGCCUGGAAAUAAUUCCUCUGAAGGCAGCUCUCAGCUGGAGGACAAGACAGAAGAAGAUGAAACGCAGCAGGACCCAGAGAAGGAGAGGGAAAAAGAGAAGGAGGCCGGACAAGGAGUCAACCUGGCAUCCUACAGGCCGUUUUUCAGGGAGCUCGACAUGGAGAGUCUCAGUGUGCUGGAGUGUGGCUUGCGAGCCAGCUCCACGCUGGACUCUGAGCUCGGCACCAAACAGGCUCUGUUAGGUCCGGCAGAGCUGGUUUUCCUGCUGGAAGAUAUGCUCCGCAAAAUGGAAUUUCGUCUGACGGCCUCCCCUGCCAAGAGAGUACCUUUCCUCAAGGCACGGGCCGACAAGAGUAUUGGCUUCUCCCACCUCCAACAGAAGAGCCCCAAAGAUGUAGCUUCCUUCUGUGUCCAGAUGCUGCCUGCCCUCUGCUCUCACUUGGAGAACUGUCACAAUCAUUUCCAGACAUUACUCUCUGACAAUGACGGUAUUGUGGACGGACCCACCGUAGACGCUCAGGAGCACCAGUUAAUAUCUUCGUGCUGCCAGCUUCUCCUGCUAGUGUUGAACACCAUCUUUAGCUGGUCUGGAUUCAGCCUGCCGGGACAUCGCAGCUUGCUGAAGAAAGCUUUGGGAGUUUUGGUGGGUCGAGUGAAAGAUGGAGGAACUGAGCUGAAUCUGGAGCUGCUUGUUAAACACAGCUUUGAAUACCUGCUGAACUUCCGCAGCACCAUUCCGAAUCUCAGUUCGGCUCUGUGCCUCUCUCAGCUCUUGUCCACUAUUUCCGAGAAAGGAGGCAACGCUAUUGCUUAUAGGGAGCAGACUGCUUCUCUUGCACGGCGCUUCCUGAGCCAGUCGUGGAUAACGGUCAGUGGUGAAAAGCAACGAGGGACCAAAUUCAAUGAAGCACUUCACACUCUCCUGAGCAUCUACAUGGAGCAUGUGGACGAUGUCCUGAAGGCGGUGGAGGAAAUAGCGAACGAAGGGUUUCCUCAGAUAAUCAACGCAUCAAAAGACGAGAGUUCCGCUUCCUGGCCGACACUCAGCAAGCAGACAUUCCUGGUCUUCUAUAAAGUUUUGAUGGCAGAGCUGGAAAAAUCGGUCCGGAAGAUUCCAUCAGGCAAAAUCAAUGACAGCAGUGAGGCCCAGAGUGAGAAGCUGCUGACAUGGAACCUGGCAGUGCGGGACUUUCACAUCCUGGUCAGCAUAGUCAAGGUGUUUGACUCGAGGCCCGUCCUUAAUGUUUGCCUGAAGUAUGGACGUCUUUUCUUGGAGUCGUUCUUGAAGUUGGGGAUGCCGCUGCUCGACUACAGUUUCAAAAGGCACAAGGAGGACGUGCAGAAUAUGUUGAAGACCUUCCAACUCAGCACCCGACAGCUCCAUCACGUUUGUGGACACUCCAAGAUUCACCAGGACACAAGUUUGACCAACCACGUUCCGGCCUUGAAGAAGAGUCUUGAGCUGUUUGUGUACAGAGUGAAGGCCAUGCUCACCCUCAACAACUGUCAGGGGGCCUUUUGGAUCGGCAAUCUCAAGAAUCGCAACCUGAAGGGUGAAGAGAUUCUUUCUCAAAGGUCACAAGAAAGUGAGGAGGAUGAGGAAGAAGAACUGGCUCCACAGGGCCAAUCAGAGGAAGAGGAACAGGAUAGUGACGCUGAGGUGAAAAGGAAGAGCAACAGAGAGGGGAAAGACGAUCAGGAUCAAGCAGAUGACUCUGAAACAGACUGACUCUUCAACAAAUCUAUUCAGUACUUUUUACAACCGACGUGCAUUGGGGUCUCGCUUCACAGCGUACAGUCAAAAUUCUUCAUGAUACUGUUUAUAAUGUGAUUUUGUUUUUGGUUCAAAAAAAUGUUAUUUGUUUUUGCCAAAAAUCAUUAAAAUGUUACUUGUUUC